GUCCAGGUGGGGUCCAGCCGGGAGGGAAUCAUUGCUGCCCUGGGGAGGGGGAGGGGGAGGUGCAGGGACAAGCGCUGCCGUGCCCUGUGUCCCCAUGGGCGUCCUGAGCUGCAUGAAGUACCUGAUGUUCGUCUUCAACGUCCUGGUGUUGGCGGGGGGGACGUGCCUGGUGUCCGUGGGGCUCUGGGUGGCCCUGGACCCGGCUGGUUUCCAGGACAUCGUGGCCACCAAGGCCGUGCUGAGCGCGGGCGCGUACCUGCUGCUGGCCGUGGGCAUCGCCCUGGCGCUGCUGGGCUUCCUGGGCUGCUGCGGGGCGCUGCGCCGGAGCCGCCCGCUGCUGCUGGCCUUCUUCAUCCUGGUGAGCCUGGUCUUCCUCACGCAGCUCGUUGGCGCUGUUCUCUUCCUGGUGCACUGGAAACAGGUCCAGCCGGAGCGAUUCCUGUCCGAGCUGCGUAGGAGCUACCGCGGGGACGAGGGCGCCGAGGUCUUCUCCACCGCCUGGAACACCCUCAUGGUCACGUUCUCGUGUUGUGGCGUUUUAGGCCCUGAAGACUUUGGGAACGGCUCCCGCUUCCAGGAGCUGCACCCGGGGACGCCGUGGCCGCGGGCGUGCUGCGCCAGGGCCGGGCUGCUGCAGGCGGGCGAGCUGCGCGGCUGGGAGCAGUGCCGGGAGCGCAGCCCCGGCUACAUCCACGAGCAGGGCUGCUUCUCCAGCUUCGGCAGGACCCUGCAGAGCUACAUCUCCAUCCCGGGGACCUGCAGCUUGGCCGUGCUGGGCAUUGAGAUCUUCGCCAUGUUCUUCGCCUUCUGCCUUUAUUACAACUUCGACUGAGCAGGACGAAGCGCAGCGGAGCCAACGAGGGCUUUGGGAACGGCGGCAAACAGCGUUGCUGAGGUUCUGCUCUUGGUUUGUUCUGAGGGAGGGAGGUGAAAUAGAAACGGAAGCACUUGGUGCUGUUGCCAUUUCUCUGAGCGAAAGCAGGAGAUCAGAAGCUGAACCAGUACUUCCAAUUUUGCUUUUAUUUGGAACAUUCUGAAAAGUCCACACAACAAAAGAGAAAAAAUAUACAUUAAAGCUUUAUAUUCUAUAUGUAUAAUGGAACUUUUAAGAAAAAAAACCCUAGGAAAUAGAAAACCAAAGCCAGCUACAUAUGAGUUAAAAUAAUUAGAUAUACCUGUGUAAAGAGAAAAGGACAGUGAAAGCAAAGGCGACAGCCACAAGAACCAAAACCGCUCAGGACUCCAGGCGAGAUUUCUUCUCCUCCUUGCCGACGCUGCUCCCUUUUCUUUUCUGCGUGUUAGAUGCACCGCUGGUACUUGUUUCUUUUUGGUUUAUUUUCUCUUCCAAAGGCUUGCAAGCCUGUGAUCACACAAAUAAAAGUAACACCUGUGAAUAA